AUGGCACUUCGAGCUUCCCUCUCGCCUCAUCUCCGUGGUAAGUGCUCCACCGCGGAAGUCCUCGCCGCCUACAUUUGGCGCUGUCGUGUCUCCGACCUUCAGGUUGAUGAAGCAGAAAAAGUGAGAUUUAUCAAUGCUGUGAGCAUUCAUUACAGGUCCAAUUUGCAUCCUCCUUUGCCGGAAGGGUACUACGGGAACGCCUUUGCUUUUCCGGCAGCAUUAACCUCGGCCGGAGAGUUGAUCAAAAACCCGCUUGAUUACGCGGUGGAGUUGGUGAUGAAUACUAAGGAAAAAGUGACAAAUGAGUACGUGAAGUCGAUGGUUGACUUGAUGGUUCUCAGAAGGCGGCCGCAUAUUACGCCGGUGAGAAGUUUCUUGGUGGUGAACCUGAGGAGGGUCAGGUUCGAUAAGGUGGAUUUUGGGUGGGGAGAGCCGGUUUCCGGUGGACUCGCGACCGGCGGGAUUGAACACAUUCCCGGACUAGCUAGCUGUUUUGUUCCCGCGAAAAAUAAGAAGGGAGAGAAUGGAACCGUUGUUCCGAUGCGCUUACCGGAGUUAGCCAUGGAAAGGUUUGUUAGAGAGAUGAAAAUGGUGGUAAAGGCUAAAAAGUCUGCAAUGGCAAGGAAGCCAAAGAAAAGAGGGGAGCUGGUAGGAGGUGAUGGGAAGCAGGUAGCAGAGGUGGAGAAGGAUCAAUUGGCGGUGAAGUCAACUCGAACAAGGAAGCUCAGUUCAGCUUGCGAUCAGGUAACUCUAAUUCAAUUUUUGAGGAUUUAUGCAAGCAAAAAGGGAUAUGGUCAUGAGAAAACACAAUGCAGGAAGCCAGUUGAACAAAAGUGGAGUCCUAAAUCAGUUGACAAGCAGAAGCAAGUGAUUCAGGAAAGCAAGCCAACUGAAAUAAAGAAUCCACUUAAUAAUAAUGAUAAGAGCCCAAUGAAGAGCAUUUAUGUCAAGUCCAGAUCAAAGAAUUCCAGUCCAGCAGGAUCUCCUAGGAAAACAGCUGAAUCUAGUAUACAAAUACUAAAUCAGAAAGGUAUCGAAGUGGCCGAAGGAAGAGGUGGUGAUAAGAGAAAAUCCAUUAAUAUAUAUAUCAAGGAUCUAGUAACCCUGAUCCAGGGCCUAGGAUCCAUGAAUAAUAUACUAUCAUGGAAUAUAAGGGGACUUAAUAGUCCCCUGAAACACAGGGAGGUAGAUAAUUGCCUUGCUGUGAAUAGAGCAGGAGUUAUGGGAUUAUUAGAAACAAAGUUACAAGGAGACAAGGUGAAGGAGCUAUUAGAAAGAAGACGGUAUCAGUUUGGGUAUAUAAGUAACUAUGAAAAUCAUGAGAAGGGAAGAAUCUUAUUAAUGUGGAAGAGGGAUGACUAUGUUGUUAGAGUGGAAAAGCUCAGGGAAGAUUUAGACUAUGGGAACAACUUCAGAAUAUGGCAAAUGGCAUUCAAGAAGAGUGGCUCAUGGGUGGGAUUUACUUGGAAUAAUAAACAAUAUGGUGAUAUGAGGAUUGUGUCCAAAUUAGACAGAGCAUUUGUCAUUUGGAAAUGGUUGACAGAAUUUCCUGAGUCUUAUAAUAAUGUGUUAUCAGCUGGCAUAUCAGAUCACAACUGCUUAAUGGUGAAGUGGGGAGAAGAGUAUGUUGGUGAGAAGAAGUCAUUCAGAACAUUGCUGAUUAAUGUUGUACUAAUGAAUCUGAAUUCUUACUGGACCAGUGUUUUCUUAAUACCACAGAGUGUGAUCCAAGACAUUACCAAAGUCUGUAGGAACUUUCUAUGGGGCAACAAGGAAACAGGGAAGAAAUUAUCAUUGGUGGCAUGGCAGGAUUUAUGUAGAAUGAAGUCAGAAGCAUGGAGGAACAGACUGGCCACCUCAAACAGAUUGAAGCAGAUCAAAGUCCUUCCUGAUGAUCAGGCUAAAACAGGAAAUUACUUAGAGGCUCUUGCAUUGUUUGAAAAACAAGAAAAUGAAGGAGAUGGAAUUUCAGUACUUAAAAAGAAUUGGACUAAACUUAGAUGGGUUGGAAAACCACCACCGCCGGGUUUGAAUGAAUCUGUGAAGGAGAAUGUUUUAGGUUUGAAGAAAAAAAGAAUUAAACUGCAGCAACAAAAGGUGACUUGGGGAUCUAAACGUCAUAAGGACGACUCAAGUGUUGAAGUAGAGAUCCUGCAAAUGCAAGCUGUCGCGCCCAAUGAGUUGCAACCGGCUCAGUCGCAAACCCUAGCGGUGCAAACCCUAGAGGCGCACGAUAGUGGAUCAACUUCGGGGUUGUCUCUCAAGGAGAAAAGGAAUGAACAAACGCAAGAAUCUUUGCGCUCUAUGGAUGCCGCGAUUGAUUCUGUUCCUCCGUCGGGAAUCAUCCCUUCCAUGGCUAUCUCCAACCGCUUUGCUGCUCUUGAUGUUACUGAGGAAGAGUUGACUAAGAAUCAGAAAACUACUGAAGACGAAGAGGAGGAAGAAAAGGAGAUGCCUUUACUCGGAGGUGCAGGUCCAUUGGAUGUUGGGAGAUGUUUUGAUGAUGGAUAUAUAGCAAAAGCGUCUGCUGGUCAGGAGUUAGAAUCUGUGGAGAGGGAAAUUUGGUGUGAUGGCGAUGCCGAUGACAUAUCUGAAUCGCAAAUAGAAGGCUCAGUGCAUAAGAAACGCGGACGUAAAUCAAAGGAUGAAAAGCUAAAGCUGCUAGAUGGGGUGGUUCCAGGGCGGUCUUCGAGAAUGCGAUAG